CCCAAUAAAAAUGAUUAACCACAACCAUUGCUAGUUCAGUACGAAUUUUAAUUUCGAUUAGGUUAUAACCUGAGUCAAAUAGAGGCAGGAUAAAAUGAAAGCAAUCUGGAUGUUAACAAUUUUGAUAAUUGCCACUCUGGCAGAAGAUAAUAAUCCCUGUAUAGGAAACGUAGGAGUUCGAAGAUUUCCUGAUCCGACCGACUGUACCCGAUUCUUCCUCUGCAUCGGAGAAGACUCAUUUCCAUCGCAAUGUGGAGUGCAUUUAAUUUUCGAUGUGAUCACAGAAAACUGCAAUGAAGAAUCGGUUUCCGUGUGUAUUAAAGAUAUUGCAACUCCUCCAACGCCUUCGGUACCAGGCGACACAACAGCAACUACAGAUGAUGGAAUAACUGGAGUUCCAGAAGCACCCACUCCCGAAGCACCAACAACGCUUGUCCCUGAAGCACCUACGCCUGAAGCACCUACGCCUGAAGCACCUACGCCUGAAGCACCUACGCCAGAACCAUCUACUCCAGCACCUCAAACAACCACGUUAGCACCACCCGUCGUAGAACCACACUGCCCUCUGGAUCAAGUGUUUUACGCCCCUCACCCGGACUGCAGUAAGUUCUUCCGCUGUGUCUUCGGGACACUUUUUGUGCUCGAGUGCCCUCCGAACCAGCACUGGAACCAGGCACAAGGAUUCUGUGACCACCCGUUCAAUGUACAGUGUCCAUCCGGGUGAGCCCCAUCCGACUCGGAACGAGUUAGACUUAAGCUCUCUACCUGUGCCUAUUCUCAAUAAAUCAACUGAAACAAUA